AUGGUAAAUCACAAGGACGCAGCAAGGCCUGACAAGGAAUCAGUGAACAACUCAGUAGCAGUCGUAGAGAACUACCUGAGGCGCUCAGGGGCGCCAGAGGAGCUGCUGCAAACGUUCGAAAUGUUAAAAGCCGAAAUCGCUAGCCCAGAUCGAGGACCCCUCGAUAGGAUCCCGGCCUUCAGCAGACUUAGCUCGAGGGCCUCGGCGCCGGACCUGACGAACGGCCUCACCAGGGAACUUAAAACAGCAGAAUACAGCCUGCUAGAAUACGCAGCAUCAAACCACUCGCUGUCAAACACAAACACACUGCCAGAUAGACGUAGCCACCUUAAGUAUGAUUUAUGCGCAGCAGACCAGAAGGGCUGGACGAUCGGCAAGAGCAGGCGUUCGACCAGAAUGGACAGCGACAAAAUCGAAGAGUACCUGCUUCAGCUGGGCAGAAACCUGAAUCUGGAUCUACUGGAGCUGUCGAACAUGCCUCAGGUGCUGGAGCAGGGGCCCCUCGUGUCCUUCGGACGCGUUCUGCUCAAGGAGGCCGGAGACAAGAUACACAGCACUUUUAACUCUCUCCUCGUUCCGGUGCUGAAGGACAUUCAGGACAUGUACAUGCCGAACCCGUACCACAACGCACUGCACGGAGCAUCAGUUGCACAUAUGAGUUCCAUAUUAGCGAAGGCUGUAGCAAGUUCUAGGAAGUUUAACCCAUACGAAGAGUUCGCAUUCAUUUUGGCGUCACUAGGACACGACGUAGGACACCCAGGCAAAACAAACUCCUUUGUAAUUGCAACUGAGAAUCCCCUGUCGUUGAUAUACAACGACAUCAGUGUUUUGGAGAACUACCACUGCUCUCUGAUAUUCCACAUCAUCAGGUAUCAUUCUAAGUUUUCCAGCCUAAUUCCGAAGGAGGAGUGGGAAAUGAUAAGGAAGAGGGUGAUUCAGCUGGUGCUGGCGACCGACAUGAAGUCGCACUUUGCGCACGUCAACAACGUCAAGAACAGGAGGGAGAGCCAGGAGUUUGACAUUGUGAAGAACGAGGAGGACCUGUGGCUCCUGCUGGUGCUCUGCGUGAAGGCUGCGGACAUUGGACACAACUUCCUCCCCUGGUCAGACCACCUGACCUGGUCCUUGGUGCUCUUCAAGGAGUUUUACAUCCAGGGCGACGAGGAGAAGGCGCUAUCGAUGACGCCCUUCAUGCUGUACGACAGGGACAAGGCGAAGGACAUUCCUGGGUCGCAGCUCGUCUUCUACAACACGUUCACCGGGCCCCUGCUCACCGAGUUGAAGAAUUUUGACAGCACCGGGUACAUCACCAACGUGGUACUGCUGAACGCCAAGCAUAACCUGCACCUAUGGACUGAGCACAAGGACAGGCCUGUUGACGAGAUUGUCAAGGAGCUGGACGAUUCAAACAAGACAUUUGAGGUAGAAGACGCCUUCGUGUGUGUGGAAUAA